UUCGUAUCUAGCGUGCUUUGUACGUGGCGUGUGGAAGACUGUUCGCGCGUGCCGAUACUAUUCUCGCCGAAAAUGCACGUUCAUUCAUUAAAAAACGAGAUGCUGCUUGCGGUUCUAUACUCGUGCAUGUUCGCCCGUCUCAAUGAAACCGAAGGAUUCUUUACAUGUACAGUUGACUAAAAUUUAUUAUUAGUGCGCGAACAUCACGCUAUUCUCCUGUGAUAGUGUCUGGGUUGAGAUAUACUUAUUCUACUUUUAAUGAAAAUGGAAUACGUUGUUGGCUUGUAGGACAAACUUGCUUUCCACUUUUCGGUGUCUGCACGUUGAAUUUAAAAUUUCAAUGAAAAUGCGAUCGAGAGUCGUGACGAACAUAACUUGUUUAACAUGUGAAUUCUUUUUAAUUUGUUGCGAUUUAUAAACGGACGGACUUUCCGCAAAAAUAUAAUGAACCAAAUAGACCUAUUCGGCAGCUCUUUAUCACGUGGUGAAUUUGGUUUAUUAAAGACACUCGAAUAGUGACUCACAAAUGCGGUUUGAUGGUGAUCCCAUGGCGUAAGUGUAUGCAAUGCAAAUUAAACGUGUGGAUAUUUUAGUGUACAGUGAAUUAUAAUGACUUUUAAUAUAAUCUAAUAAAUUUGACUUACAAUCUAAAAAUAUCAUACAGUUUUAAAACGAGAAAUAAAACAGAUCAGCUUUGAGAUUUCUUUAUUAUCGGAAGACGUAACGAAACACAUUAAGAAACAUGAAUGAAUCCAACGACAAGCCAAAAAUAUUAGAAGAAAAAUCCGUUUGGACGUCCGUGUUAUCUUAUAUCUUAUAUACUUAAAUCAAAUUAAUUGAGGAAGUGAAUAUUGGCCAACCAAAAUCGGUGAAAAUGCUCUGAGCUUCAGAAUGCGCAGGAGGGGACCGACGACGGCAGAGGAUCCGACCGAGUCAAAGGAUCCCGCGUCGCCACGAUCGUGUGACGAUUUCUUUUCGCGAAGAACACGAUCAAACCACACGUGCUCCCCUUUUACCCUGAAACAUUUAAACAUCCGACACGAUUAACGCUGAACCGAUAUCAAACGAUUUCUACCGGCCAAGGAAUUCGAUUCAAGAAAAGAAAAGAACUUCCUCAGUUUCAAUACUUUGAGUCCCAGGAACGUCAUCACAUCAAAUUACUUUUGCCGAGCAAAGAAUCCAAAGGAACGGACGACGUCAGAUAGAAACGCGAGAAGGUCUUUGAACCUACUCGUUUCGAUACUUUGCGUCUCUGAGACAGAUCUGAGCUGAAACGGAUUUGCGGGCUCUAAGACUGGUUUGUGAGAUAGAUCAAAGACGGACAAGAUGUAAGGAGAACGCAGUGUGCUGGACGAUUCACCGUUUCCGUUUCUUUUCUCUUCGCCGCGGAAAGAAGGGGGAGGGGGAAGAGCGUGUAGAAGAAACUCGGCCGUUUCUUCAAGAUGCUGGACAUAUUCCGGGGCCUGAAAAGCCUGAUCAAGAUCUCUCACGUGCACAUCGACACGGCCGUGUUCCGGUUGCACUACAGUUUAACGGUGAUCCUCUUGAUCGCGUUCUCGUUGAUCGUUACUACGAGACAGUACGUAGGGAACCCGAUCGACUGUAUUCACAGCAAAGACUUGCCGGAGGACGUGUUGAACACGUACUGUUGGAUACACAGCACGUACACGAUCACUGCGGCGUAUAAGAAGCGAGAGGGUUACGAGGUGCCGUUUCCCGGAGUGGAUAACUCCAAGUCGUAUCCGGAAAGCGAGAGGAAGGAGUACAGGUACUAUCAGUGGGUCUGCUUCAUGCUGUUCCUGCAGGCGAUCCUCUUCUACACGCCACGAUGGCUGUGGAAAGGCUGGGAGGGUGGCAAGAUACAUGCCCUGAUGAUGGACCUCGAUAUCGGGCUCUGCUCCGAGGUCGAGAAGAAGCAGAAGAAGAAGAUGUUACUCGACUAUCUAUGGGAGAAUCUUCGCUAUCACAAUUGGUGGGCUUACAGGUACUACCUCUGCGAAGUUCUAGCCCUGCUGAAUGUGAUCGGUCAGAUGUUUCUAAUGAACCGGUUCUUCGAUGGUGCGUUUCUGACGUUUGGUAUCGACGUGCUCAGGUUCCUCGAGUCAGAUCAGGAGGACCGGGUCGAUCCGAUGAUUUACGUGUUCCCGCGGAUGACCAAGUGCACCUUUUACAAAUACGGCGUCAGCGGCGAGGUCGAGAGGCACGAUGCAGUUUGCAUACUCCCACUGAACGUCGUCAACGAGAAGAUAUACGUAUUCCUCUGGUUCUGGUUCCUCUUUCUCGGCAUGCUCAGUUUCAUCACGGUUUUAUACAGGAUCGUUAUCAUAUUUUCGCCGCGAACGAGGGUGUACCUCCUACGCUUACGGUUUCGUCUGGUCCGAAGGGACGCCGUGGAGACGAUCGUGCGACGGAGCAAAGUGGGCGAUUGGUUUCUGCUUUACAUGCUCGGCGAGAAUUUGGACACGGUGAUAUACAGGGACGUGAUGCACGACCUGGCGAACAAGCUCGCCUCGAGGCACCACCAUAGCGUGCCUGGCAUCAAGGGGGAGCUUCAGGAAGCAUGAUCGAAAUUGCCUCGGAGAGACACAGUCAGAAGUAGAAUUCUCGAGGCGACGAGAAUAUUCUUCACCAAAAAAUGGAAAUGAAAUCGAAGCCAAAGAUAGAGAGCCAAAGACGAGGGGUGGCGAAGCGGAAGGAUUACGCGUUUGUCAUUUGUUCAUUCGUUGCGGAUGCGGGAGUUAGUGAAGGGGCGAGAUUAUUCUUCUGAACGUUGCGCGUUAAUCGUGCUUACGUGAAAGACAAAUUGCCGCAGCGAUACAGCGGUUUGUUCAAUUUUCGAAGCAUUUGCCACGUAUAACUCGAGUUACAUGAAAUUUUUUACUAGGAAAAUUGUCAUCAAGGAAGUUAUUGAUGACGUUCGAGGUUAAAGAAAGAAAUACGAUUUAAAAAAGAUUGUUAGUCAUUUAACGUUGAAAAUGGACCAUUUUGUAAUUAUCAAUUACAAAUCAUUUAUUUUGUGACCGAUGGCAAAAUUUGAUGGCAAUGUCCAUAUAAAUUGAAGUGCCUUUUUAUAAUCAGAAUUUGAUGUUUAAAGAUUGGCUGAAUGAAAUCUAUCAAAGUAUAUAUACAUACAUAUAUUAUAUCAUGUAUCACAUCUUGCCAUAUGACCACAAGACUAGCCUCUUACGGCGAUCAGAAAGAAACGAACGAAUUUCCUGAUAUUAAAAUUAGAAAAAAAGAAAAUAAAAAAGCAACGUAUUUCCUUCACCCAAAGUGUUCUAACUUGCACAGUUUCGUGUGAAAGUCGCAAGAUAUUCUGAUAGGAUACACUGCGUUACAUUGACAGGGAUGCAGGUUCUACAGCUGACAACGAGAGUCAUAACGACCUAUUGUAUCUUCCUUUCAUAAAGACUGUGCUAACGUAAAAAAUGAACCAGCGAGAGUUACUUUUACUGACGACUCUUGAAAUCAAAUGUAUUUUUAUUUAAAAAGUAAUUUAAUAAAUAUAGUUUACGAUAUUGUCAA